UUCAGCAUGGCCGGGUCUCCAGGAAUACCAGUUGUGCUAGGACUGUGGGGUCUGUGUUGGUCUCUGGCUCUUGCCUAUCCUCUCUCUCCGACUGGUGCCCCUGGGAACAGAGCUGAAGGUGUCAAUGGGACUGAGCUAAACUCAGAUGUGAUCGCACGCUGCUCAGAUGGCUGGAGCUUUGAAGCUGCCACCCUGGAUGACAAGGGGAACAUGCUGUUUUUUAAAGGGGAGUUCGUGUGGAAGAACCACAUGCACAGGUUGGCCAAGGAGCUAGUCUCAGAGACGUGGAAGAAUUUCACCGGCCCCGUGGAUGCUGCAUUCCGCCUGGGUCACGACAGAGUCUUCCUGAUCAAGGGAGAUAAAGUCUGGGCGUACUCUUAUGAGAAAGAGGAGAAGGGAUAUCCAAAGUCCUUCCAAGAUGAGUUUCCCGGAAUUCCGUUCCCAGUGGAUGCAGCUAUUGAAUGUCACCGUGGAGAAUGCAAAGAUGAGGGCAUUCUCUUUUUCCAAGGUAACCGCACGUGGUUCUGGGAUGUGGCCACCAGAACGAAAAAGGAGCGCUUCUGGCCAGCUGUUGUGAACUGCACCUCUGCCCUGCGGUGGCUCAGCCGGUACUACUGCUUCCAGGGCAACCAAUUCCUGCGCUUCAACCCUGUCACUGGAGAAGUGCCUCCAGGGUACCCACGGGAUGCCCGAGAUUACUUCAUGCUCUGCCCUGGCAGAGGCCAUGGACGUAAUAUUAGCCGCAAGGACGUGCGUUGCAGCCCAGAUCUGGUCCUGUCUGCACUGCUGUCUGACAACCACGGUGCCACCUACGCCUUCAGUGGGUCCCAUUACUGGCGCGUGGACACCAGGCGGGAUGGGUGGCAUAGCUGGCCCAUUGUUCACCAGUGGCCCCAGGGUCCUUCAUCAGUGGAUGCUGCCUUUUCCUGGGAGGACAGAGUCUAUCUGAUCAAGGACACUCAGGUCUACAUCUUCCUGACAAAGGGGGGCUAUACCCUAGUAGAUGGUUAUCCAAAACGGCUGGAGAAGGAACUUGGCAGCCCUCCUGGGAUCAGCCUUCCAUCUGUAGAUGCGGCCUUUAUCUGUCCUGGGUCUUCUCGUCUUCAUAUCGCAGCAGGACGGAAGUUGUGGUGGCUGGAUCUGAAGUUGGGAGCUCAAGCCACGUGGACGGAGCUUCCCUGGCCUCAUGAGAAGGUUGAUGGGGCCCUGUGUGUGGACAAGCACCUCGGCCCCAACUCAUGUUCUGCCAGUGGCCUUGGUUUGUACCUUGUCCAUGGCCCCAAUUUAUACUGCUAUAGUGACGUGGAGAAACUGAAUGCAGCCAAAGUCCUCCCCCAGGCGCAGACGGUGGGCAGCUUCCUGGGCUGCAGGCACUGAGAGAGCUCCUGAUGGGCUCCAGGCCCCACCUCUUCUCUCUGUUUUCCUUACU